GGCGUCGUUUUAUUACAGAGGAAAAGGAGUGACAAUCCCGAAUCGGCUCAUCUCUCUCGCUGAUCAGUGCCGCAUUUCAAUUGUAAAAAGGAUUUGAGUCUGAAGAUGGCAUCAAAGUUGGUACAAGUUCAAUCAAAGGCAUGUGAGGCUUCAAAGUUUGUGGCUAAGCAUGGAACUUCCUACUACAGGCAGUUGCUCGAGAAGAACAAGCAAUAUAUCCAGGAACCUGCCACUGUGGACAAGUGCCAAGAGCUGUCUAAGCAACUUCUCUACACCCGUCUUGCUAGUAUUCCUAAACGCUAUGAAACCUUCUGGAAAGAAGUAGACUACGCAAAGAACUUAUGGAAGAACAGAUCCGAUCUGAAGGUAGAAGAUGCUGGAAUCGCUGCACUGUUUGGUCUCGAAUGCUUUGCGUGGUAUUGUGCUGGUGAAAUCGCCGGAAGAGGAUUCACCUUCACCGGCUAUUACCCUUGAAACAGAGGAACAAUAUCUUGAAGACUGUGUAAUCCCCUCCGUUUGUAGUUCUUCUCAUGAUUCUCUCUGAAUCAAUUUUUUUUUUCCUUGCCAGUUUUUCCCUGAAACGGAAACAGAGGAUUUGGAGCUGAGAAAUUCCAUUUUGCUAAACUCUUUGAUAAGAUUGCUCUCAAUAAGAACAAAAUUUCCCACUUUUAAUGAUAACAAAAAAGAAGUCGAACCAAA